AUGUGAUGGAAAAAAGAUAAAAAGAUAAAAAGAUGGAUUAUAUUGUAGAUGACAAACAAGGCUUAAUUAUAUAUAUAUAUAUAUAUAGCUUGAGUACUGACGUGACAUGCAUGUUUGUGAUUUAAUAUUUUUUUGCAGCAAAAAAUUGUUAUUAAGAUGCAACUGAGUAGCGAUAAAAAUAGAUCAAAAGCCAUGCAGAUUGCUUGUGUCGCAGAAGGUGUGACCUCAGUGGCAAUAAAAGGGGAUAGUAUAGAGGUAAUUGGAGAUAUUGAUUCAGUUAAGUUGACCAAGUCAAUAAGGAGGAAGGUGAGCAAACAUGCCAGCAUAGAAAGUGUGGAGGCAGUGAAGCCCAAAGCAGAGGAAAAGAAAGAAGACACACCAACCCAGUUAGCUUUGGCUCCAUACAUUCAAGGCUACAAUCCACAUCCUUAUUAUACUUCCUACUACUACUACUAACCAGUUUAUGAUUCAAACUCACAAAAUUGGUCCAUCAUGUGAUGUGAUUGUUUGGGUGAUACAAAAUCAAAUUCAUCAUCAGUUACAAUAUCAUCCCCUGUUUCUGUGAUAUUCAUGUUUAAGAGAUUCAAUAUUUUGCAGUAAAAGAUUGUUAUUAAGAUGCAA